UAAAAUAACCAGAAAGCCAAGACUUAAAAACAGCUUGUUUUCGUAUUGCUGAUAAUAUUAUUAAAUUUAGUGGAAUUGUACAUUAUUCAUUUACCAAAUAACGGUAAUUAAAAUGGCUGCAAAAAUAGAUCAGAAAGCAUACCUGCAAAAAUACCUUGGAGGUCCAUCUGAAAAAAAGAAAAAGAAAAAGAAGGUUGUGAAAGGCAAGGGAUUCAAGAUAAUAGAUGAUGAUUUAGACCUAUCUAAAAUGCAAGCACUAGAUGGUGAUGAAUUAGAUAUUCUAGAUCAAGGUGAAGACGCUCCGCAGAUUGCAGGAAUCAUUGACGAGAGACCUGAGGAGGUGAAAAAGGCUGAAUUAUUUAAUUCUAGCUCUAAAUGGAGAGUUAUCAAUCAGGAUGAUGGUUUCAAUUCGAAACUGCAAGUUGAAGAAAUAAAAAGAGACAAAAAAGAGGUGGAAAAAGAAAAUGAAGUUAUUUUCGGUAAAAUGUACAGCGAUUCGGAAGAUGAAAAGAAAAAUGAUUCAGAUUUAUCACCACCUCGAAAACGGUCUAAUGAAGAUAGACACGCCCCUGCCAAGAAACCUAGAAGUGCUAGCGAUAGUGAUUUUAGUCCACCUAGACGGAAAGAUUCAAAAAAUAAUAAAGACAAAGAUCUUUCGCCUCCAAGGAAAAUUAAUAAAGAAAAGAGCUCAAAAAGACGUAAUAAAAGCGACAGUGAUGAAAGUCCGCCAAGAAAAAAUAGAGAUAGAACACAUAAUGAUGACUCAGAUUUGUCACCGCCAAGGAAACAAUCAAAAUCUCACGGGUCAAGAAAACAUCAACACGAUACUGAUGAAAGUCCGCCAAGAAAGAGUAAAGACAGAAGACACAAUGAGUCAGAUUUGUCACCUUCAAGAAAACAAUCGAAAGGCCAAAGUUCUAGAAGGUAUCAAAACGAUAGCGACGAAAGUCCGCCAAGAAAGAAUAAAGAUAGAAGACAAAAUGACUCAGAUUUAUCACCGCCGAGGAAACAAUCAAAAGCUCAAAGCUCUAGAAAGUAUCAAAAUGAUAGCUAUACAAGUCCACCUCGACGAAAAGACGCUUCGAAUUCACGUCAAGAUACUAAUGAAAGAACCAAAGAGAGAGUAAGAAAAAGUCGAUGGGAACCAGUAGAGGAAAAACCAAAGCGAGACAGAUCACAAUCCGAUUCCCCACAACGAUCAAAAAAACAUAAAAGUUCAAAGAGUAAAAGUAAAUCGCAUAAAAGAUCAUCAGAUUCCGAUUUAUCACCGCCAAGGAAAUCACAGAAGCAAAACGAACCAUCAAGAAAGAGAGAAUCUAGCGCGGAUUCCGAUUUAUCGUUGCCAAGGAAACGAAAACCUUCCCCAGACAGAAAAUCGGACAAAAGUAAAGACAAUCGUAAGAGAUGCAAUUCAGAUUCUGACACACCUGAUCGAAAUGUACGUAAAAAUAAAGACAAAUACAGAAAAGAGAAUAGAAGAGAUGACGAUUCGGAUUUAUCUCCACCAAGAAGAGAAGAUAAGAGAAAUUAUAAAAGGAGUAGUGACAGUCCACCGCCAAGUAAUAAAAAGAUGGCUAAAACGUUGGAAGGCAAAUUGGCAGGGUUACAAGAUGCAGUACAAUUGAGACAAGAAAAUGAAGCCUUUAGACGAAGGGAAGAGGAGGCUUAUAGCAAAAUGACGGAUGACGUUUCUGGAAGGACUGCUAAAGUGGUUUCUAGAAAACAAAAACGUGAGACAUCAGAGGAAAGACAGAAACAGGUAGAAAAAGCUCAAAGACAAAAGGAAAUAGAUGAAAAGUAUAAGAAAUGGAGUAAGGGUCUCAAACAAAUAGAAGCCCAAGAAGAAAGGAUACAACACUUUAUGCAUGAAGCGGCUAAGCCACUAGCAAGAUAUAAAGAUGAUAGGGAUUUAGAACAUCAGUUGAAAGAGAUAGAAAGAGAUGGGGAUCCCAUGCUCAAGUAUAUAAGAGAUAGGAAGAGAGAGAAAGGAGAAUUGGGACCAGAGAAACCAUCAUACAAAGGUCAAUUUCCGCCAAAUAGAUUUAACAUUAGACCAGGAUAUAGGUGGGAUGGAGUUGAUAGAUCAAAUGGUUAUGAAAAGAAAUUCUUCGACAAUCAAAGUAAGAGAAAAGCUAUGGAGGAAGAAGCUUAUAAAUGGAGUACAGAAGAUUUAUAAAAAUGCAAGAAAUUGUUUACAUAUUACUUGAAAGAAAUAAGGGCUAAUUUGUUCCAAUAUGUUUUCAACAAGAUUUUGAGAUUGAAAAUGUAAUAAAUGCAAUAAGAAACGAAUUAAAAAUCACAUUAUUUUUUAGAAGGUUUACUUUUUUGUGAAAGUCGAUUUUACUGUGUAACAAGUGGUCCAUAUUUUCUUUUGAGUAAUAUAAUAGGUCCUAAAAACAUGUUUUAUGAAAUCAUUGGAUGUUUAGUGAAUAAAUAUUUGAUGUUGUG